UUUUUUUUACUACAGGGAUUAAAUUUAUUGAAAUAAGAUAAGAGAAGAAACUUUGGAAAUAGUUUGUAUUUGAAAAUUAAGCAUUACGAGGAAAAUCAAUGUUGUGCAGAAUCUUGUUUGGAAUUUGUGCAGUUACAUAAUAAAGAUUGAAGGAAUUGGAUCGUAACACGCACAUACCAAGAAGGAAUUUUAGUGUAUUUACAGAAUUGAACGCUGGACGGAGUGAUUAGUGAUCUUUUUGUCUUGUUUGAGAUAAUGGGCAACUAAAUGACGGAAUUAAAAAGUCCGUACUAAUGGUUGAAGAAGUGAUGUUAAAACAGAUGAAGUGUACGGCUGAUUGGGAAGUGUAUGACCCUACUGCCUCGGUAAUGUGCAGUUGUGUUUGCAUUGAGGAAUAUUCAGGAUCAUAUAAUACCGGAUACGGUGGAACAAACGGUUACUCUCAAAUGGGAUUUAACGGUUAUGGAUAUAAUAAUAAUGCAUAUAAUAACGGAUAUUCAAAUAUGGGAUAUAGUCGAACAGAUAUAUCAGGUCCGGCAACAGUAAGAAUGGUUUCCAAUAACGGUCCUCCACUGCCAAUGCCAAUGCAGGUACCGCCUGGUCACAUGGUACAACAAAUUGUAGACGAAAAUGGAAUUUUAACACAUGUGAUAUUGUCGCCUCAACCACCUGGCAUGAUGGGAAGUCCAAUGACGGGCGGACCAAACAAUGCCCCACAGUAUUACCCGCCCUAUGGCGGUCAUUACUCCAGUCAUGCACAAUACCCAUCACCACACCAUCACAGUGGGGCUCCGGCCCCAGGGGCGCGGGGAGCCCAACCACACAUGCAUCAUCAACAUGGCACUCCACCACCACAAACCUGUAAUAACCAUGGUCCAGUUCAUCCACAAGGUCCAAGCCCGCCAUUGAAUUCAAUGGACGAACGAGCGAACAGACAGAGGCAAAGAAUGAGAAAGAAAGUACGCGAGAAUGAAUACAAUAAUUAUAGGGGACCACAACGUAUACGAAAGAAACAAG